CAUUGAAACAUAAUCUGAAAAAUUGUACAAGAUUUUGUAGUUAGCUUCACUAUGAUAUUAAGCAAAAUGAAUUACAUGGCUAUUUCAUGAUAAAACUCUUGAAGGAAUAUUCAAAGUCUAAGGAUGGGCAUUUUUGUUUGCAUGUGUGGUUAUGCACCAUUGUCUCAGGUAACUCAUGCUUUUCAGGGUCAUGGUCUUCUUUAUUAGCUGUAAGCAUCAUAAGGCCCCGUUUUGUUUCUCUUGGUGGAAUAACGGAAUUCUCUGCUUAUUAAGUUAUCAAUGAGUUGGGGAUGGAGAAGAGACCAAGAGACAAGCAUGGCCAUCAACAGAACCAGAGGACAAGCAUUUCAAAUCUUGGCUAAUCCUAAUGUGUCUUCAGCGAGAGGAGGCUCAAAUAAGGAAGUGAUCAUGGUUGAUCCUUUGGAAGCCAAGCGGUUGGCUGCCAAACAAAUGAAAGAAAUUAAAGCAAAAGAGAAAUUCAAGAGAAGACGUCAAAUUGAAGCCAUUAAUGGAGCAUGGGCAAUGAUUGGUCUCACAGCAGGUUUGGUAAUCGAAGGUCAAACCGGAAAAAGUAUUUUGGCACAGUUGGCUGAAUACUGGAGCACCAUUGUCGGUCUUUUUGUGCGAUAGGGGUGAAGUUUGAGAAAUUGCAGAUUCUUCUUGGAUCGUUCUUUGAAACCGAACCUGUUAGAUCUUUCAAAUAAUGUUGCUUCUGUCCACAAAUCUUGUACCUUUUUACUUGAAUUGAUACCCUUUACAUUGUAAAAACUCUUUCUGUCAGCACAGUUUAAUCAGAUUCUAAUAUGUAAAAACUCUUUCUGCCA